AUGGUUAGGCCACCGAUGAGACUCUGUAUCCGCUCACUCAAGAGUGAAAUCACCCAGUAUUCCUUCGCCCAGGUGACUUUCCUUUUCUCUCUUCCCCAGGGGAACGAUCAGACCAGCGUAGUCCGUCUGCAGAGCAGCAACACAGUGUACACAAAGUACACAACAAGCAUCCCAUUUGAUGACUUCAAAGGUCUUUAUAUCCUCUGCCUCUUCUCCUCAUCAGCCUAUCAGCAACCGCUGUCGCCGCCGCAGAACAGAGAGGAGUUUGAGUUAAAGAGAUCUGCUCAUUGUGUGAAGAGACAGAGAGAAGUAGCAGACAGACACAUCACUGUGAUUGAAGCUCCUGGAUGGUGGAGAAAUAAACCUGUAGAGAAGAGCACUGAGUUACUGAAAGAAGAGAUUUUACUCAGUGUGUCUCUGUGUCCUCCAGGACCUCACAUUGUUCUUCUGCUUAUACGUGCUGACAGAAGAUUUAAAGAGGAUGAGAGAAAAGUAUUACAGGGUUAUGUUGAUCUUCUGGGUGAGAGAGUCUGGAGUCACACUAUAGUGCUCUUCACUCAUGGAGACUUUCUAGGAGACACAUCUAUAGAGCAACACAUUGAGAGGGAAGGUCAGGAUCUCCAGUGCCUGGUAGAGAAAUGUGGGAACAGAUAUCAUAUUUUCAACAAUAACAACAGAAGUGAGACUCAGAUCAAAGAUCUGCUGGAGAAGAUAGAAGAGACAGUGAGAGAAAACAAUGGACGCCAUUUUGAAAUGAACAGAAAGAUUUUACAGGAGAUAGAACAGAGAAGCAGGACAGAGGAAGAGAGAGCAAAUGAACGAAUGAAGAGGAUGAAGAAACAGAGAGAGAUGAUCAGAUCACAGAUGAGUGAAACUCAGAAACUCUCAGAUCUGAGGAUUGUGUUAAUGGGAUAUAAAUAUGCUGGUAAGAGUUCAUCAGGAAACAUCAUCCUGAACAGAGACGCGUUUGACUUGAAGACAUCUGCUCAGUGUGUAAAGAGACAGAGAGAAGUAGCAGACAGACACAUCACUGUGAUUGAAGCUCCUGGAUGGUGGAGAAAUAAACCUGUAGAAAAGAGCACUGAGUUACUGAAACAAGAGCUUUUACUCAGUGCAUCUCUGUGUCCUCCAGGACCUCACAUUGUUCUUCUGGUUAUACGUGUGGAUGAUAGAUUUACAGAUGUUGAGAGAAAAGUAUUUCAGGGUUAUGUUGAUCUUCUGGGUGAGAGAGUCUGGAGUCACACUAUAGUGCUCUUCACUCAUGGAGACUUUCUAGGAGACACAUCUAUAGAGCAACACAUUGAGAGGGAAGGUCAGGAUCUCCAGUGCCUGGUAGAGAAAUGUGGGAACAGAUAUCAUAUUUUCAACAAUAACAACAGAAGUGAGACUCAGAUCAAAGAUCUGCUGGAGAAGAUAGAAGAGACAGUGAGAGAAAACAAUGGACGCCAUUUUGAAAUGAACAGAAAGAUUUUACAGGAGAUAGAACAGAGAAGCAGGACAGAGGAAGAGAGAGCAAAUGAACGAAUGAAGAGGAUGAAGAAACAGAGAGAGAUGAUCAGAUCACAGAUGAGUGACACUCAGAAGCUCUCAGAUCUGAGGAUUGUGUUAAUGGGAUAUAAAUGUGCUGGUAAGAGUUCAUCAGGAAACAUCAUCCUGAACAGAGACGAGUUUGACUUGAAGACAUCUGCUCAGUGUGUGAAGAGACAGAGAGAAGUAGCAAACAGACACAUCAUUGUGAUUGAAGCUCCUGGAUGGUGGUGGAAUGAACCUGUAGAGAAGAGCACUGAGUUACUGAAAAAAGAGAUUUUACGCAGUGUGUCUCUGUGUCUUCCAGGACCUCAUACUGUUCUUUUGGUUAUACGUGUGGAUGAUAGAUUUAAAGGGGAAGAUAGAAAAGUAUUACAGGGUUAUGUUGAUCUUCUGGGUGAGAGAGUCUGGAGUCACACUAUAGUGCUCUUCACUCAUGGAGAUCUUCUAGGAGACACAACUAUAGAGAAACACAUUGAAAGUGAAGGUGAGGAUCUCCAGUGUCUGGUGGAGAAAUGUGGGAACAGAUAUCAUCUUCUCAACAAUAACAACAGAAGUGAUGAGACUCAGAUCAAAGAUCUGCUGGAGAAGAUAGAGGAGACAGUGACAGAAAACAACAGUCGCUAUUUUAAAAUGGACAGAAAGAUUUUACAGAAGGUAGAGGAGAGAAGCAGAGCAGAGGAUGAGAGAGCAGAAGAACGAAAGAAGAGGAUGAAGAAACAGAGAGAGAUGAUCAGAUCACAGAUGGGUGACACUCAGAAGCUCUCAGAUCUAAGGAUUGUGUUCAUGGGAUAUAAAUUUGCUGGCAAGAGUUCAUCAGGAAAUAUCAUCCUGAACAGAGACGAGUUUGACUUGACAUCUGCUCAGUGUGUGAAGAGACAGAGAGAAGUAGCAGACAGACACAUCACUGUGAUUGAAGCUCCUGGAUGGUGGAGAAAUAAACCUGUAGAUGAGAGCACUGAGUUACUGAAAGAAGAGAUUUUACUCAGUGUGUCUCUGUGUCCUCCAGGACCUCACAUUGUUCUUCUGGUUAUACGUGCUGACACUAAAUUUAAAGAGGAAGAGAGAAAAGUAUUUCAGGGUUAUGUUGAUCUUCUGGGUGAGAGAGUCUGGAGUCACACUAUAGUGCUCUUCACUCGUGGAGACUUCCUAGGAGACACAACUAUAGAGCAACACAUUGAGAGUGAAGGUGAGGAUCUCCAGUGUCUGGUGGAGAAAUGUGGAAACAGAUAUCAUCUUCUCAACAAUAACAACAGAAGUGAUGAGACUCAGAUCAAAGAUCUGCUGGAGAAGAUAGAGGAGACAGUGACAGAAAACAACAGCUGCUGUUUUGAAAUGGAGAGAAAGAUUUUACAGGAGAUGGAAGAGCGAAGGAAAGCAGAGAAAGAGAGAGCAGAAAAACGAAUGAAGAGGAUGAAGAAACAGAGAGAGAUGAUCAGAUCACAGAUGAACCCUUCUCAUUCUCUCACUCGAAUACAGGAUCUACUAGAUGUGGUGGUGUCUAAUAAGAUUGCUACGGUGGUAGCCCCGCCCCUGAGCUGGGGGAUUGUUACUGUGUAA